UUUUACCUAUAAAGUAGAAGUAAGCCCCCAAAAUUGACCCGCUGCAUAUCCGUCGCCUCCUCCUCUGCUGUUUACGGGAAAAGCCUUUUCCGAGAUUGGAUCGCCACAGAGAUCUCUCUGCGUCCUCGCCUCGGAUAGAAUAGAACGGUCUCGGACCUCGUCAUUUAGGAAGAGAGAGGGUUUGAGCGUUUUCUUGGAUGGCUACCAUCAGCACUUUGAAUAGAUCCAACAGCAACAGCAGGACUUCCCUUAUCUGCAAUGACUCCAGAAAAGCUACCAACGAAGGUGGCGAGACGUCUCAUCGCAAGGAUGUGGAGGGGUUGAGCAUUUCGAAGAGUCUAAUGCGGGGCGUGAGCGACAAGUUUAAGAAGACAAGGAAUGUUCUUGGAGCUCAUAGUGGUGGUGAGAGCUCGAGGACUAAUUCCUAUGCAUGCAUGGGGCUUUAUUUGAGGGGUGGUGGGUGCCGGGUGGGGACUUGCGAAGAUCUCGAUUCAAAUAUUAAGAGGCGGUUGAGCGCCAUGGACGAUUGCAUGCCACAGAGAAUGGCUAAUGGAGUAGAAGAAAGUGGGGUGGUGUGUUUCUCUUAUGGUGUUUCUGAGAAAUUUUGGAGAAGAAAUUCCAGAAAGGAGAAGGGUUCUGUGCGAUGCCCAUCGACUUCGCCUUCUGCUACCCCAGCUUUGCUUCCUGAUGAUGUGUUGGAAAUGAUUUUUGCUCGGCUUCCAUUAUCAUCGAUCGCGAUGGCUCGUUGUGUCUGCAAGAAGUGGAGGUACCUGACUGGCACACACCAUUUCAUACAGAUGAGAACCGAAGGUUCUUUCGGUACUCCAUGGCUGUUCCUGUUUGGCAUCAUGAGGGGUGGGUGUCAUGCUGGUGACAUUUAUGCUUUGGAUGUCUCUCGCGAUUGUUGGCAUCGGAUUAGCAAUGCUGUUCUAAAGGGCAGGUUCCUGUUUUCUGUUGCAAGUAUUAAGAGUGAUAUCUACGUCGUCGGUGGUUGCUCUAGCUCGUCUUUGUCAAUGGAAAAGAGCUCCAUCAAGACACACAAAGGGGUCCUGGUUUUUAACCCUUUAAGUGGUUCAUGGCGCAAAGCUGCACCUAUGAGUUCGUCAAGGUCAGGACCUAUUCUGGGUGUCUUUGAAGUCGGAGCCAGCUGCAGUUUAUUUAAAGCUAGAACUAAGUCUCAUGAUCGGCCUCUGUUAAAGUCUCGAAUUGGUGGAGUGUCAGAUGUAUAUGAGGAUCCUCACCGUCUCUCUGUCAGGCUACGACUUAGAGAUGCAUUCAAUGAGGAGGAUGAUUCAUCAGAACAUAAAAGAAGAUCAUCCAACUUUGUUAGAGAAAAGGCAGGCGAGCAGUUCAAGUUUGCAUUGAUUGCGGUGGGUGGUCGUGGGCCUUGGGAUGAACCUCUUGAGUCUGGGGAGAUCUACAAUCCUGUGACUGAUAAAUGGACUGAGAUUGCAAGUUUGCCAGGGGAAUUUGGAGUGGUUUGCUCAGGUGCCGUAUGUGGCCAAAUGUUUUAUGUCUACUCAGAGACAGAUAAACUUGCUGGCUAUGAUCUGACAAGAGGCUUCUGGAUGACAAUACAGGUCACCCGACCACCUCCCCGUCUUCGCGAGUACUACCCGAAGCUCAUUGCUUGUAGCAGCCGGUUGUUCUUGUCAUGUGUGUCAUGGUGUGAAAGAGAUGGCCAAGUGAACAGGAGGGAGAAAGCUGUAAGGAAGCUUUGGGAGCUGGAUUUCACUUUGCUGACAUGGAAUGAGGUCUCACGGCACCCAGAUGCCCCCAUGGAUCGGAACGCCCUGUUUAUUGCAGAUGAGAGCAUGAUUUACAGUGUCGAAAUGUUUAGAAUAUUUGGACAGGUACUGGAUUUCCUAACUGCUUGUCACCUUUCUGAAACUGGACUGGAGUGGAGUCGUAUCACCAAGAAGCAUGCCACACAUGAAGUAGAUGCUUCCUCGUGUUUAGUAAAAUCGAUGCUAGUGUUGCACCUGUGAAUUUGUCUUAGGCAAUCCUUUUAGUUCUUUGGUUUGUUUACAAGCAAGGUACCAGCGUGCAUGUACUUUGCCCAUGAAAACUAACUCGGAAGUGAAAACGGAGUAUUGAUGAAGCAAUAUACAUCAGUCAACUAUUCACUGUCAUCUGUAUGUUUAGAUUGCCUUGAAGAAAAGAAGGUAUAAUUUCUCUCAGUAGUCAUCUGUUUUUUAAUUCCUUCCACACAUGUUCAUUGUUUAUUGAAUUGCUGGGGCAAAAUUUGUUUGAGAUUGUAACAAUUUCUUCAUUGGGUUGUGAAAGUUGUAUUUGGAUUUGUGGAUUUCUUCAAAUUCAAUCAAGUUGUUGAA